GUACACAAUAUAAAAAACAAGAGAAUUUUUUUGACAAUUUCCCCUUCCAAAACACCGAAAAAUACCUUUUCUCGCAGUUUAGUUGGUGAAAAAAGGCAUAUACUUUAAAGAAUGUUUACUUUGCCAUGUUUUGCAAAGAUUGUUUAAGUUAAUAUCCUCGUAAAUACUCGAGAAUAGAGCUUUAGAAAUCGACCUUGAGGUCGGUCAUCCUACCAACCCAGCUCAUCUUUAAAUCUUAAAACUUUAGACGAUAAAAGGAAAAAAUACUUACCUAGUUAAAGAUUGACAGUGCUCAUACACUAAAAAUGGAUAUCGGUGAUCUUGAGCUAGAUCAGAAUCCAUCUAGUGUGGACUCUAAAACUGGUGAUCACAUCAACAAGGCAGAGCCAUGUCAUGAUGACUUCGAAAUCAUAGAAAAUGUUGAUACUCCGGAAGACCCAUUGGAUGAAUGUAGGCCUAGUGCAGAUGAUCAUAUUGUCAGAUUUGAGCCAUUGGAUCACAGACGUGGAGAAACUGAAGCUAAGUCUCAAAGCAUGGACCCGUCAAAUUCACCUGAAUAUGAAUCAAAAGAUGCAAGUGUACUUGAGAACUUAAACUCCAGUGAUGAAGUUAUUUCUAAACUUGAGGAAGUGGAUGAAAACUGUUUGAAAAAUGAAGAAGAUGAAUGGCAUUCACGAGACACUGACCUUCCUGGUGAUGUGACAGUUAAAACCGAGCCUAAAAGUUAUGAUGAUCACUCCGCGGAAAUUGAUGAUGGAUCUGUACCUGUGCCUGUAAAUCUGAUUCUGGCAGCCGGAUCCGGAACUCAAAUGAGGAUUGACAUAGAAGACCCCCUCAGUCAUGUUGAAAAUGGAACGGUCAAAACAGAUGAGGAAGCUGGUGCUAGUUUGGAUGAUGAGUUGGCUCCAUUUUUUGACCAAUCGAACCCUGACAACUCUUCUGCCACGGUUUUGGGAGCAAUGGAGCAAGGUAAAGUUUCAUUUCCUGAGCGGACAUUUGAAUUGGAGUGCAACCAGUGUCGGGAAAAACUUCCCAGCAGCAGUCUCGUGGAGCACAAAUGUAUUCACACUGGAGAAAGACUAUGCAAAUGUGAUCAGUGUCCUAAAUCAUACAAAGACAACAGUGCGCUUAAUCGGCAUAAACUUAUUCACACUGGAAAAAGGCCUUUUCAAUGUGAUCAGUGCUCUAGAGCUUUUCCAAGCCAAUAUCAGUUGACAGCGCAUCAGCGAGUCCAUUUUGGCGACAAACGAGAAAAGAUUCAUAAGUGUCACCAGUGUGAUUGGGCCUUCGUUUCUAGAAAAGACCUUACAAGCCAUCAACGUAUUCACACAGGAGAAAGACCAUUUCAAUGUGACGAGUGUGAUAAUGCGUUUGCUUAUAAAAGUGUGCUCGUUGUUCAUAAACGCAUUCACACUGGUGAAAAGCCUUACGAGUGUCCACAAUGUCAGAAAGCGUUCAGUAAAAAAUCAGCGCUGACACGUCAUUUGCGGAUUCACACAGGAGAAAGACCUUACACAUGUAACCAGUGCAAUACCAAAUUUGCCCUGAAAAGUUCACUGGCUCAACAUGAACAGACUCACUUGAAAGAAAGAGAUUUUCAGUGUGAAAUAUGUGGUAAAUCGUUCAUGGGGGUUCGUGGGUUUUCUCAACAUAAACGGACCCAUGAUCGGGAAAAAUUAGAUCAGAUGUUGGCAGUUUCCGCACUAAGUAACACUGCACCAGAGGCGGGGGCCAUAAAUCUAGUACAUACAAACUAAUUUUCUGAUUUUUUAUCUUAUGGAUGAGCUAUGUCAUCUUGUUUUGUCUGGCAUGUGGCGUCGAUCAAAAUGAUGUACAUGUUCUUGGCAGCAGUACUAUUUUGACACAAUAUUUUCUAUCCUCAGACAAUAAAUA